AGAGUAUGACGACUGCAACCUUAGAAUUCCUCCAUUCUUAAAAAACAAACCAAAUGCUUCCCCUAAAUUCUUGUCCCAACUCUCCGCAUUAGCACGACACAGCAUCCUCCUCUCCUAAUCCCCGCCCAUUAUCUUAACCCGACCGACCCAAACUCCAGCCCUUUUUUUGUUUGUUUGUUUGUUUGGGUCCUCAAUAUCAUGGACUUAAGCGUGAUACCCUACAAACACGUAGUCAAGUCCGACAAUGAGAAGGAGGACGACGACGUCGUGGAGGAGGACGACAAGACGGCUCGCCGGUUCGACAAAGACGGCGAACCGGUGGUGAUGAACCCCAAGGCGACCGUCAAGGCUGUUCUGAAGUACAGGGAGUGCAUGCGCAACCACGCGGCGUCCAUGGGCGGCCACGCCAGCGAUGGGUGCGGCGAGUUCAUGCCGCGCGGUGGAGGAGACCCGCGCGAGUCGCUCACGUGCGCCGCAUGCGGAUGCCACCGGAACUUCCACAGGAGGGAGGUGCGGUCUCCUCGGCUGCCGCCGACUACGACGAUGUUGUUUUACAAUGCGGGGCCCACCGUGGCCUAUGACGGCUAUCGUCGUCAUCAUGAUGGUCACGAUGGCUGUGGUGGUGGGGAUCGACGGUCGGAGACGCCGGAGAGAGUAGGGCCGAGGGCGAGUGCGAAGAGGUUCAGGACAAAGUUCACGCAGGAGCAGAAGGAUAAGAUGCUGGAGUUCGCGGAGAGGAUCGGGUGGAGAAUUCAGAGGCACGAUGACGUGGCGCUCAAUCAGUUCUGCUCCGAGGUCGGCGUCAAGCGCAACGUGCUCAAAGUGUGGAUGCACAACAACAAGAAUGCACACCGCCGCAGAGAAGACGCGCACCAGUCGCCACCUCAACCGCCACCGCCACCGCAAGCUGUUGGAGUCUAAUUGCACCUCCUCCUUUUUCUAAUUACUUUCUUCUAUUUUAUUUUCUUUUUAAACUAAUUUUUAGUUUUUGAAUCUGAUCAUUUAGGGCUAAAUGAGCAAAUGAGAAGACCCCCGCCCCCGGUGCUUGUCAAAAUU